AUGGCUCAGCGCAGGGGGCUGCUGGGUAACGUAGUCCUGGAUAGGAGGGGAGGAGGGGGCGGAGCCUGGGAGACACGAUGGACACACGAGGGAACUGGAGGCUCCUACUCAGGCCCCUGGAGGCCCCUGGAGAACCCUGGAGACCCCUCCUGGUUCAUCAUCAUCAGACAGCUGCUGUAUUUAAAGAGUCAGACCAAACCUGCAGAGCUUCAGGAGGAACCAGAAGCUCAGAUGGCGAGCAGGAAGACCAAGAAGAAGGAGGGAGGAGCUAAACGAGCUCAGAGAGCUUCAUCCAACGUCUUCUCCAUGUUUGAGCAAACGCAGAUCCAAGAAUUCAAAGAGGCCUUCACUCUGAUCGAUCAGAACCGUGAUGGAUUCAUUGACCAGGAGGACCUGAAGGACACGUACGCCCUCUCUGGGUCUCUGAACGUGAAGGACAGAGAGCUGGAGGAGAUGCUGAAGGAAGCCAGUGGACCCAUCAACUUCACCAUGUUCCUCAACCUGUUUGGAGAGAAGCUUCACGGAACCGACCCAGAGGAAACCAUCCUGAACGCCUUCAAGAUGUUCGACCCUGAAGCUAAAGGCUCCAUCCACAAAGACGAGUUACAGAAUCUACUGAUGACUCAAGCCGACAAGUUCACAGCCGAGGAGGUGAAGCAGAUGUUUGCGUCGUCCAACAUCGACGCUGCAGGAAACCUGGACUAUAAAUCUCUGUGCUACAUCAUCACACAUGGAGAGGAGGAGUAGGGUUUACUGCAGGCAGUGUGCUGCAGUUUAUUUAGAGGGAAAUAAAGAACUCCUCUGCUCUGUCUGCUUUUAUUACAGCUGUCGGCCUGGAAAUGCAAUAAAAAAAAAUACAAAUCAC